CGCAUUUGGACAGCACCUUUUGCAAGGCCAAAGCCCGCUCUCCCCAAGUAAACUCGACCCAGGACUCAUUUCCGCCGCCUGAGUCAACGGGCUCCCGAUCCGGCACGAAAACAGACACACCAGGCAGGCAGACACGGCCACCAUGUCCCGCUUCUUCACGAGCCGCGACAGCGACAGCUCCAGCGAGGAGUCCUCCGAGGAGGAGCUCUACAGUGAGGAGGAGGAGUCUCAGGAGGGGUCCGAGGAGGAAUCCGAGGAGGAGUCUGAGGAGGAGAGCGAGGAGUCUGGGGAUGAGACGGGGGCGAAUCGAUUCUUGAGGGAUAUCGAGGAGAGCGACGAGAGCGAGGAUGAGGAUCGGGUCAAGGCGGUCAAGAGCGCGAAGGAUAAGCGGUUUGAGGAGCUGGAAGCGACGAUCAAGGUUAUGGAGAAUGCGGUCAAGAUUAAUGAUUGGCAGGUUGUGCAUACCGAGUAUAACAAGCUCAACCGCUUGGUUCCGGGACUCAUCAAGCAAAACGAUGGAAAGGUGCCGAAGCUGUAUAUCAAGGCUGUAGCCGAUCUGGAGACGGUCAUGCUCGAGACCAUCGAGAAGCAGAAGGUCACGCCUAAGAAGAUGAAUGCCAUCAACACGCGCGGUCUCAACGCUGUUCGCCAGAGCAUCCGGAAAAAUAACAAAGAGUACGCCAAGGAUAUCGAUGCGUACAGGGCGAAUGAGGAGGAGUUCAUGCGUGAGGAAGAGCCCGAGGAGGUGCCAAAGAAGGUCACCAAGAGGCCGAAGGCGGCUCUCGAUCUGGAUCUCCAGCUCGCGCAGGAGGCUGAUACGGAGGGUUUCACGACCGUUGUGGGAGGCAGGGGGGUCCAAUAUACUCCUGAGAGCAUCCUGAAGCAUCUGCGGGCGAUUGUGGAUCAGAGAGGAAGAAAGGGUGCUGAUCGCAUGGAGCAUAUCCGGACGCUGGAGAAGCUGCUGGAGGUUGCCGUCCACGACUAUCAGCGCAUCAGGCUUCUUUUGACGCUGAUUUCUACGAGAUUCGAUCUCAGCUCGGGUACUGGCAAUGCUAUGUCCCCGGAGCAGUGGAAGCUUGCCGAGCAGAAUCUGGGCAGACUUCUGGAGAUUCUCGAGAAGAACAAGAACAUUGUCGUCAUUGAGAACGCCGAGGAUUGGGAGGAUGACGAGAAACUGCCCGUUAUCAGCGACGAGGAGAUCUUCAAAAUCCCCGGAAGCAUUGCUUCGUUCGUUGAGAGGCUUGACGACGAGCUCACCAGAUCGCUCCAGCAGAUUGAUCCGCACACUGCCGAGUAUGUCGAGCGGCUAACAGAUGAGACGGUUCUGUACACGCUCUUGGUGCGCGCCCUGGUGUAUGCCGAGAGCUUGAAGAGGAAUCCUCAGCUCGAGCUUAGCCAGGAUGUGCUUAACCGGAUAAUCAUGCGCAGAUUGGAGCAUGUUUACUUCAAGCCAUCUCAAGUGGUCACCAUCCUCGAGAAGAACAGCUGGAACGCCCUCCCCUCUAACCUCGACUCGCAAAUCACUCCCCGCGAUAUCUCCAACGACACCACCUCCCUCGUGAAGACUCUCUGCACCUAUCUCUUCCAGUACAGCGAAGGCAUCCUCCGUGCACGGGCUAUGCUGUGCGAGAUAUACUUCCUGGCUCUGCACGAUCAGUACUACAAGGCGCGUGACAUGAUGCUCAUGUCGCAUCUCCAGGAGACGAUCAACAACUUCGAUGUAAACACGCAGAUCCUCUUCAACCGCGCACUCGUCCAGGUUGGCCUCUGCGCUUUCCGCGCCGGUCUCGUCUACGAGGCACAGACAUCGCUUCAGGAGAUCUGCGGAAGCAACAGGCAGAAGGAGCUGCUCGCCCAAGGUCUCCAGAUGCAGCGUUUCUCUCAGAUCUCUCCUGAACAGGAGCGUCUUGAGCGCCAGCGACAACUUCCCUUCCACAUGCACAUCAAUCUCGAACUCCUCGAAUGCGUCUACCUCACCUGCUCCAUGUUGCUCGAAAUUCCUCUGCUUGCUCAGAUCGGCUCGUCUCCCGAUAUCCGGAAGCGUGUCAUUAGCAAGACCUACCGCCGUCUCUUAGAAUACCAUGAGAGGCAGAUCUUCACCGGUCCUCCGGAGAACACGAGGGACCACGUCAUGCAGGCUUCCAAGGCGUUGUCGGCAGGCGAGUGGAAGAAGAGCGCAGAGUUCAUCAACUCCAUCAAGAUUUGGGAUUUGAUGGUCAACUCAGCCAAGAUCAAGGAGAUGCUGUCCGCCCAGAUCCAAGAGGAGGGUCUCCGGACAUACCUCUUCACCUACGCGCCCUUCUACGACACGCUGGCCAUCAAGACUCUGUCCGACAUGUUCGACCUCCCCGAGCGCAAGGUCAGCGCCGUCGUCAGCAAGAUGAUCUCGCACGAGGAACUGGCCGCCGCUCUCGACCAGGUCAACUCAGCCAUCAUCUUUAGGAAGGGUGUUGAGCUGUCGCGCCUGCAGACGCUGGCCCUCUCGCUCAGCGACAAGGCCUCCGGCCUCAUUGAGUCGAAUGAGAAGACGCUCGAGCAGCGGACGCAGGGCACAGCUAAUGCCUUUGAGCGGCAAGGCGGCAGGGGUGGUCGCGCUGGUGGCGGAGGAAGGGGUCGGGGCGGUGGACCCGGCGGACGGGGCGGAAGGGGUGGACGGAAUCAGCAGUUUACGGGGGGUGCGUUGGGGAGGGUUAUCCAGGCGUAGGGGGAGGAGUGUGGCCUUUGAGUAUGUAGCGGUCAUUUUCCUUUUUUUCG